GGAGAGGGAGGAGGUAAUCCAAUGAGACACAGAGAGGAGAGGCAGCGUGAGGGCAACGCCUCACAGCACCGGGAAUCUCUCUCUAUCUCCAUCUUGCUCACCCCCCACCCCGCCUUUCCUCUGUGUCUGAAGCGUAAAAAACCAAAGGACUCUCAUCUCCCAUUCAGUCUUCUCUGUACGCUGAGGAGUGCCCUCAUAUUGAAAACACCUUUUUUCCCACCAAAUGCUUCAAUUUCACCUUUAUUUUUACCGAUUUUUUACUUCUUUACCUGCUGCCAAAGGAUGAUUUGAUGACCAAAAGUGACAUUUUUUUCUGUUGACCUGCCGGGAGCCUGUAUCUUUUACACGAGUCAUCUUUGUUCUAGAGCUCACAGUUGCUGACUGUACACUGGCAGUGGGGAAAUAGGUUAGUGUGCCUAUCUGGUGCUGGGCAGGAGAGCUGAUUGAACGUUCAGUCUGCCAGAGGAGGUAAAGAGGAGGGAGAUGCCUUCCUGGUGGUAGCCUUCUGUAGCUCUGCGACUAUUCGGGGAGAAGGUGACUAGAAUGCUCCCGCUGAACUCCAACCUCUAGCGGAAGUAUCAGCGACGGGAUUUCAGGGGAGACAAAGGAAGGGAAAAAAAGCAACUGAGGCAACAGACAGACAUUUGUUUUCAGUUUCUGGAGUCACUGAACAGGGUUGACCUGUGUGCACCUGCUGUCCGCGGACACCAUGGACAUCAACCUUCAGUCUCACCGAUUUUACUUCCCUCAGAUCUACUGUGCUGAACCGGGGGCACAGCCACAGCUCACUGAGUUCAAAGUCAGUGAGCAGAGUAUCUGCCAGGCGCGGGCCUCUGUCAUGGUCUACGAUGACACCAGCAAGAAGUGGGUGCCCAUCAAGCCUGGCCAGCAGGGAUUCAGCCGCAUCAACAUCUACCACAACACUGCCAACAAUACCUUCAGAGUGGUGGGAGUCAAACUGCAGGACCAGCAGGUGGUCAUCAACUACUCAAUAGUGAAGGGUCUCAAGUACAACCAGGCCACACCAACCUUCCACCAGUGGAGGGACGCCAGGCAGGUCUAUGGCCUCAACUUCGCCAGCAAGGAGGAGGCCACCACCUUUUCCAAUGCUAUGCUCUUUGCCCUCAAUGUCCUCAGUGCUCAGGAUGGAGGUCCAGCUCUCCAGCGCCAAGUCCAGAAUGGACCGACUUCAGAUGAGAUAGAAGCUCAGAGAGCAAGGCAAAUGAUGGAGCAGCAGCAGCAGAUGCAGGCGCACAUGGAGCGGGAGCGACGGUCCUCCAACUCAGGUUCUCCUUUCCAAGGCCAUCCUGCUGUGCUCUCCGUUGCCCCACCAGUAGUACCUCCACCGGUGAUCAUGGGCGGCCCACCUCCUCCUCCACCACCGCCAGGCCCGCCGCCACCGUCAGCAGGGGCGCCGCAACCUCCUCUCCCUCCUCCACUGCCCUUAGGCGGAGGAAGCCACGGGGAUGAGACCUCUGCGCCGACAGGUCUUGCGGCUAUGAUUGCUGGAGCCAAACUACGCCGUGUUCAAAGACCUGAUGACAGCUCUUCAGGUGCCAAAAAUGAAGCUAACCGAACAAGUGGGGGGAGUGGAGGACUGAUGGAGGAGAUGAAUGCUCUGUUGGCACGAAGGAAAGCAGCUUCAGAGAAGCCCGAGGACAGCCAAAAUGAUGACCCAAAUUCUCCGUCGCCCAGCACUCGGAGUGGACAGAACGCAACGGACGGAGCAAAGAAGCCCUGGGACCGAGCAAACUCUGCAGACAGGGCAAUGGCGUCGAGAGCACGACCUGCGGGGAGUGGUGGCGACACAGACUCGUUAGACCUCGAUAGAAUGAAACAGGAAAUAUUGGAAGAGGUGUUUCGUGAAUUGCACAAAGUGAAGGACGAAAUCAUCGAUGCCAUUAGACAUGAACUCAGUCGAGUUAGCACAACAUAAUCUUUCAGAGUGA